CAGUGAUUUAGUUCAAUUUUCAUAUACUUUAUAGCAAAUGGGUCCUCCAAAUUUGCAUGAUCAGUCUAGUGCAUCCAUGCGGCCAACACCUACUUCUAGCACACUUAGCCAGCAAUCAAACAGCCAACAGAGUACUCCUUCGUCGCAGAGCCAAGGUGUGAUGCAGCACGGAGGACCUCAUACUCCACAUACACCUCAUACUCCUCAUACACCUCACACUCCUGGUGGCGGACCUCCCAGUGUUCCUCCUCCAUCUACAUCAUCUCAGUCAUCAAUGGUCAGCCAUAACAGCAACAGCACAGAAAAUGGAAGUAAUGGAAACAGUAAUAGUCAGUCAUCUGGUAGCAAUGAUACCCUUCCACCUGCUCCAGAUUUGAGUGACUUGAAUUUUGAUCCUGCAGCUGUUAUUGAUGGAGAAGGACAAGGUCAAGAGGGUCUUAAUUUGUUACCUGAAAACGUUGUUGAUCCUAUCGAAUUACUCUCUUACCUGGAACCUCCCGAUCUGGGUGGAACGACAAACAACUGCAACGCAAAUAGCACAACUGCUUCCAGUACGUCAAAUACAAUUACAAGUACUACUACCUCAACAUCAAGUAGUUCUAGUGAUGACUUAUUGGCACUGUUUGAAUCUUAAAUCCCAGUGGACCAAUGAAAAGUGUUCCAAAAAUCUGAUAUUUCCAUCAAGCAGUAAGAAGAGAAAUUUUAAAUUUGUUUGCGCUGUGAUGGUGUAAUGUGUUCCUUUACUGACAGUCGUUACGGGUGCAAUGUCACAAAAUACAUAACUGAAAAGAUACUGUUUUUACAGUAUUAAUAGUGAUUGACUGGAUAACUGGAUUAAAUAUAUUGCAGCCACUUAUGUGAACAGAUAAUUGAAAUUUGUACUUCAAGCAAUGUUUGAUUCUGCCAAAAUUGGUGUUUGAUAUACAAAGGACAGCAUUACAUUGAAUAACAAGUGUACAGAAGCAAUUGUGUGUAGCGCACUCCCGAACUCGACUACUCAGACUGCCAUUUUAUUGGUAUUUAUUGUGUACUGCCAAAUCAAAAUCUGAAGAUCUCCAGUUAUAUGUGAAUAGAAUGACAAAUUGUAGUCAGGCGAAAUUUUGCUUCGCAAAUACGGUGCAAGAUUUCACGUCUUAUGAAAGUACUUACGCUGUUACACGAAACGGCAACACAACCGUGCACAACAGUACUUUUUUGUGUAGGAAAAUGGUAGACAUCUCUAGCUUGCAGGACAUUUACAGGUUAACCGGAGACAUUCCAGAAAUGUUUUGGUCGAGGUGAGAUAAAAGUGGUAGUUCACACGCACCACUUGGAAUUUAUCCCAUCGAAAGAAGUCCAAUUUAUAAUCUUAGACCAAAUUCCCUCUUUUCUCCUAUAACGUAGCGUGAAUGUCUUCUGCAAGUUUUUUUGUAAUUACACCUUUACCGUUCAUAGUCGCUUUUAAAAUCCGUGAACAAAAAAUUUCAAAUCAUUCCGAGACAUUAAUUUCCAUCUUCAUUGCAAAAUCAUCGUUUCGACUUCACACCUCUUCGGCUUUCCCAAUUUUCUAAAGCUAUUUACGCGAUGGACCAAAAUGACGAAUUUUACCAUCUUUGGAGAAUCGGACAAGAAUUUUUGAUAGGAGAAAACUUACUUAAACGACGUUGAUGCAUUCAGACAGUGUUUUAUUUUUCAGCCCUUCCUUAACCGCACUUUACCGAGCUGCUUCGAUGUCUUCCUUAAAUGUAAAUAAUGUAGUUAUUUUGUAUAGUGAACUUUAAACUUUACGUGUCCAUCAUUCACCCGCUUUGAAAAUCAUGCAAUGUAUCAAAUUAAUGUUAAGAUAGUUAAGAUACAACUUUGCCGCUCGAGCGUAUCCUUUCGGGCCCUCUUUACGCCUCGACCAACAAGAAGCUCGACCGAUUUACAUUUUAAUCACGUAAAUUAUUAUUUUUUUAGACGUGCCGCUUAAUUUAAAAAUUCGGAUUUCUUUUAACCCGUUUACACUUCAGUUACAGUACUAACAUUGAUUGCAUAUGUACAUAUAAGUACGCAUACCGGAACAUAGUUUUGUUUCCUCUCCCCACUAAGAAGAAAGCAUCUCGAUGUAAAUUGUCAAACUGUACAAAUGGUCUUACUGUCGUACCAUUUCUCAUCGCAAUGAGAAUUAGCAAGCAUUAUGCAAAACAAAGAGUAAAGCAGUUAUGCAUAUUGGCACAUCACCGAUCGAGCGGCCCACGUAUGCAGCUUAUGUUGCCUGUGCCCAACCAUUUUAUGGUAAUGUCUUAUUCUUAGUGUAGAUAUGCAUAUUUAUACAAUAAAAUUAAGGUAAUCUUGGUUUGAA